CUUGCAUUUUGGGCGUGAAAAGCUAUGAGGAAGUCCAGCGAGCUGCUUUGUGCCGAGGUGAACCGAACCGGUUUCGAAAGAUCAUGGAAUGCGCCUUUUUCCAACGAGGAAAGUAUCCAUACAUAGUCGUCUAGGAGGACAUUUGUGUAAUAAGUUUAACCAUGGCAUUAUUCUCAAGGGUUAAGGAACGAAUGGACUUAAACGUAUAGCCUACUCUAAAUAAACACUGCAAUAAUCGGUGUCAGUAAACGGUAAGCCAAUUAUGCAAUACAUAAGGAUCACUGGUCUGAACCCGGCAGACCGCAGCAUUACAACAACUCGUCCCCUCCGGUUGGUUGAGUAAUGAUGAUGGUGAUGUUGAUGGUGAUGAAGGUGAGCCGGGAAGCUGCGCCGGCGCAGUGCUUGCCAACAGCAGCAGCAGCAGCUCCUAGUGUACACAGAGAGAUCCGGGAGCGCCUGAGGAAAACCUGCGCGUACACUGAAGGGAAGAGGAAGGAAAGGAGCUUAUUCGGCUCUUCCUAUUCGAAACCACUCCUCGCUGGACCAGAGAGAGUGAGACAUCUAUCCGAUAGAAGACUCAACUGGACCUUUCCCACAACAAGAUGGCCUCCAACGACUCCCGGCUCCAGCAGCCGCCCACCCAGAAGGACGCAGCGGACCAGAACUUCGACUACAUGUUCAAGCUGCUGAUCAUCGGCAACAGCAGUGUGGGCAAGACGUCCUUCCUCUUCCGCUACGCGGACGACUCCUUCACCUCCGCCUUUGUCAGCACCGUUGGCAUCGACUUCAAGGUGAAGACGGUGUUCCGGAAUGACAAGAGGAUCAAACUGCAGAUCUGGGACACGGCAGGACAGGAGCGGUACCGGACCAUCACCACCGCAUACUACCGGGGCGCCAUGGGCUUCCUGCUCAUGUAUGACAUCACAAACCAGGAGUCAUUCAACGCUGUCCAAGACUGGGCGACGCAGAUCAAGACGUACUCGUGGGACAACGCCCAGGUGAUCAUGGUGGGGAACAAGUGUGACCUGGAGGACGACCGCAUCGUCCCCACGGAGGACAGCCAGCGUUUGGCCGAGGAGCUCGGGUUCCAGUUCUUCGAGGCGAGUGCUAAGGACCACAUCAACGUGAAGCAGGUGUUUGAACGGCUGGUGGACAUCAUCUGUGAGAAGAUGAGCGAGAGCUUGGAGGGGGACUCUGGGAUGCUGGGGAACCAGCGCAACAUGGCACUGCAGGACGGCCCCCCGGACGGACAGGGGGGCUGCGCCUGCUGAACUGUUGAUCUGCACACACACCCCGGCCGCACUGCCCGACGCACACACAGAAACACAAGUACACAAACUCACUCUUUCUUCUGCCCAACCUCACACACAUCCAUAACAAGGCAUCCCAUAAUCAAUAAUACAUUGAGUUUUAUCCUUCUCGCUCGCUCUCUCCCCCCUUCUCUCUCUCUCUCUCUCUCUCUCUCUCUCUCUCUCUCUCUCUCUCUCUUUCUCUCUCUCUCUCUCUCUCUCUCUCUCUCUCAAUCUCUUUCUCUUUGCUUUGACGUUUUCUCUCAAACUGUCAUUUCUUUUGUUAUCCUCUCUCAAACACACGCACCCACGUGAACACACACGCACACAGCCAUCCCUAGCAUUGUGCUCUGUGGCCUUAACACACUAUCCAGUGCUGUCCAUCAUGAUGAUGUCAUCGUCUUUGCAGGAAACUCUUGCUCUGGUAGAGGAGGUCUAAAGUUCACUGAAAAGACCCCCAUCCGAGAGACCUCAUUGUAGGACUAACACAGGUGUGGUAAUUAUGGGAUUGCUCCUUCUAUGAACAAAGUCAUGGGUAGAAGAGUAAGUAGACUGGACUAGUGAAGAUAAGUCUACGAGGUGCCCUGGUACAUAGCACAGUAGACAUAUAUACAUAGACACCGCAUUGGCAUUUGUGUCGUACUUUAACGUUGCUGCCAUAAUUGGGAGCCCAAGACUUGACUUUAAACGAGUAAAAGGGGAGCUAUGGUUUUCCUGGAUUAAAAGCACAUAUACAUUUCUCAACCGAUCUCAAUACGUUUUUAUUCAGGAACGCAGCAACAGCUCCAAGCAGUCAAUGCGGCGUCUGUGUAUGUAUUACUCAGCCCAAAAGUAGCAAACUCAUAAUUAGUUUUAUAAGCCACACUUGUGUUUGUCAUAUGGUGACGCCUCCAUGGAAAAAGGGUAUGUUACUACAAAUAAUGUCCCCAACAACUGAACUCCAGACAAUCAUUGACAAGACACUUGAUUAGUAGAUUGAAUCACCUUCUGAUCAGGCCCAUUAGAGCCACAGCCAUCCCCUCUCCCUCCCUCCCAGACUGCACCGAACUACGCACUAACUAUACAUACUGGUAGUAUGUUUUAGAAUACAAUCAAGUGCCCAAAUAUUAAAGUUGUAUUUAACUAAUUUAUUCAACCAAUCACAACCAGAGAGAAUGAGUGUUUAGAAUGACUAACACUUAUUUUUAAUUGUGUUUUAUCCUGUUGUUGCUGCCUUUUCCCCAAAUCAAUGAUCUUUAUCCUGAAAUUUUACAGGCUCUCUACGUCAAAAUGACAUUUUAAAUCAUGGUUAUGGACUACACAUCCGUUUUGUACGGACUACUCUCCUUGUACUAAACGAUGCAUCCCCUUCUCAGAAAUUCUGCUCCAGGGCUUGUUGCUUAUCAGUAAGGUAAUGCCUUAAACACAUCCUCACUGAACAUUGAAAGCUUUAUUAGAACCGAGAAGAUAAAUUCUGCUUUUGAUAAGAUUGAUUCAGUAUCUGAGCGAGACUGCACUAGACUGGUGACUGCUCCAGGAUGUGGAAUUGAUAAUUGUUGGGCCUUCUCCCAGCACGCCUUGAUAACAUUUUCCCAUGAUGUCCUCCGGCAUGUGCCUUGUCCCGCAUUACGCGUGUGCUGCAUGCGCCAUACGCAGCCAUGGCCUGACACCGCUACGUUAGCAUACAAGCUAACCUGCAAAAUGACGCGCUUCGUUGGCAAAUAACUAAAGUUGUGUUUUCUUGUACCGUUUUCCGUCCAAACAUUCUGAAAGGGAACACACUGUGCUGUAGAAAUGUGACUACUAAAUACUCGUACUACUGUAAGGGGGAAGGUUAAAGGUCAUCUGGAAACUUUAGGGUUUGUGUUGUACCUAAGUCAGGUUAAAAACAGGGCGUUGGUGCCUUACGAUGCACUUCACCGUGCCUAUAAAGUAUUCACUUUAAUGCUGAGCAGAAGAUAUGUGCACAGUGCAACUGUUUACCUUUUAUUUAGUGUUGAAUGUCCGGCAGUUUGCCAUUGUGCGUUUACUGUGCUAGGUCCGGUGCCUUUUUAAAAGGAUCAAUCAGGGGUGAUGAGGAUCGGUCAACAGCAAAUAACACAAACAGCAUCCGCUAGGCAAUGCUGAAGGCGAUGUUUGGUGUUUACGAUGAACCAAAAAAGUCCACCACCAAGAGAAGGGUUACUUUUUUCGAUUCCAACGUUACUGCCGUUCUAGCUGCCAAACGUUACGUUGCUUUGCCAAAUGCUGUCCAACACAGGUCAAAAAGGUGGACCAAGCUCGCCAUAAAGUGGUCACUCCCUUCUAUUGUGUAAGGUGUAUGGUCAGCCAGCCCAUCUGUCCACUGUUGAUUACUUGAGGGCUGUUCACUAGCAGUAGCGGGGAUGCUAUCAGAUCAUCUGCCCACUGUCCUUCGGAUCCAGGCUGCACUGGAUGGGCCAGAUGACCGAACUUGAUGCUACUAUAGAGAAAGAUGUUUCCGGAGUUGUCAGGUGAAACAUUCGCCAGAGGCAUGUCGUGUGUACCAUUGCGGAAGACGUUGGGCAGGGCUUUGGUAAAUCCUUUGUGGUUUUGUUCAGCAUUAUGUUUCAUUCCAGAUUAGUUCCUUUUUAAGAGAAACCGCAGUUGGUCACGUUUGGAGUAGCUGCUCCUUGGUUUUAGAUAAUGUUGUCAACCUUGUUAGGAAAAUAAUAUAGAGAUAGACAUGGAAAUGAAAUGUGUUUUGGUCUGUAUGUAAAAAAUGAAUAAAGAAUCCUAUUCAUAAAAGCGAAAUUGCACACAUAAUUUUUUUUCUGGGGAUUGUAUGCACAAUGUCUAAAUAUGCUGACCAGGUCCGUUGUAGCCUUCUAGCUUCAGAAGAACAUUUGAAAGGCAUGGCUGGCGACAGCUUCUAUAAUUUAUGACCAACCUGUGUGCUACCGCUAAAUGUGCUGCGUUAUUGGUUAUCAGGAGAAGCAGACAAGCCACAGUUUGUCACCUCACAACAAUUCUUAUGUCCUGGGGCCCCCUUUCCCAGGCCCGUGGCAAAGUUAACCACCACUUCCUUCUCGGGUCGCUCUCUGAGAAGAAACGAUCUGUAGUUUCAAUUGAGAAGGUUAAAGGCGAUUGAGAAACCAGAUUUUAUUGAUGAGUUUAGAGGUUCUUUAUUAAUCCCACACGGGCUAUUCGUCAUAGAUUGUAGUGUAAAUAAUGGAUUGACUGACAUUUAAAGUUGAGUAUCGCAGGUUAAUUGAGAAGUAGGCUUGCGCCAGAAUGUUGCAAAACACGACGGCUCGAAGACCCAAGUGCUGGCUCAAGUGCUCCUCCAGUGUU